CUUCACAUGCGCCGCAGUUUAUGCGAGUUGUAUUGAAACUCGCAAGAUCGUAAUAAAAUCUAUGUAGUGUAAAACACCGAACAUGUACUUAAAUUAAACAAAUGGACAUUAUUUGAGCGACCGUUCUAUAUUCUAUUCUGAAUUCAAGGCUGCUUAUAAUGAGGAUAAAUGAAGAUACGUUACUGGAGGGGGAGAAGGUUGUUUUGGUUCCUUACAACGCAGAACAUGUACCCAGGUAUCAUCAGUGGAUGUGCUCUCCUGACCUGCAGAAACUGACCGCAUCAGAGCCGCUGACUCUGGAGCAGGAGUAUGACAUGCAGAGGAGCUGGAGAGAAGAUGAUGACAAGUGCACUUUCAUCAUCUUGGACAAACAGAAAUGGGCAGAUGCGAGUAUCCCUGAGCAGGAGUGCAUGGUGGGAGAUGUUAACAUUUUCCUGACGGACCCCAGUGAUCCUUCCCUGGCUGAACUGGAGAUUAUGAUUGCAGUGCCCUGCUACAGAGGAAAGGGAAUUGGCAAAGAAGUAACACGCAUGAUGAUGUGCUAUGGCAUCCAUAAACUAGGAAUCCGGAAAUUUGAAGUUAAGAUUGGUUUGGAUAACAAAAUCAGCAUCGCCAUGUUUAAGAAAUUCCACUUCAAAGAGCUCUCCAUCAGUGAAGUGUUUCAGGAGGUCACGCUUGGUGUCACUGUGAACGAGGCUUUGCACAAGCACGUGUUUGGAAACAUGGACUUCAUGCUGCAGAGGGAGUAUGGGAAGACCCGCGACAGCAGACAGGCCACGUUCACACCAUUAUCCCUGUGAAGAAACAGCCUCAAAAUAGAAAUGGUUACAGGUUUGUGGAAGACUGUGACAAGAAAAAAAGCCUUAUGGUGCAUCUCAAUAUUAUAUUAUUCACACACUGUGUCAAAAAAGGCUGAAAGACCUCUAGCAGGUGACAUCUUUUAAUUAGAAGCACAUUCUUAUAUGUGUGAGAAAUCUUUCUGAAUCUUUCUAAUUCAGACUUAAUAUGUGAUUUCAAAUCCAUACAUGAAAUACUGUAUUAUUAUUGUUGUCGUAUUGUGAUUUUAACCUCUUAAGGCAUGGAAAUCAAGAAACCGUACUGUAAACAAACACAGACUGUUUAUAUGUUACUGCAUGUUGUCUUAAAAAAAAAAAAAAGUAAAUUAUAUUUGUCAUAUUUGGUUGUGUAUAAUAUAAUUGUAGUUCCUUGUGAAUAUAGACAAGAUACUAAUUCGACAA